AUAAUUUUUGGGUUCAGUGUAAAUUGAAUUUUGACAUCUCUUUCCGUUUCCUUUUUCGCGUGAGCCGUCAUCAUGAGAGCCAAGGGAUUGUUGAAGGAAUACGAGGUCGUUGGGCGCAAGCUGCCCAGCGAGAAGGAGCCACAGACGCCUCUGUAUAAGAUGCGAAUCUUCGCUCCCGACAACAUUGUUGCUAAAUCCCGUUUCUGGUACUUUUUGCGUCAGCUGAAGAAGUUCAAGAAAACUACCGGCGAAAUUGUCUCCCUGAAGCAGGUGUACGAGACAUCGCCAAUUAAGAUCAAGAAUUUUGGCAUUUGGCUGCGCUACGAUUCGCGUUCGGGCACACACAACAUGUACCGCGAGUACCGUGACCUGACUGUUGGCGGUGCUGUUACACAAUGCUACCGUGACAUGGGCGCUCGCCAUCGUGCCCGUGCCCACUCCAUUCAAAUCAUCAAGGUGGAGUCUAUUCCAGCCUCAAAGACGCGUCGUGUGCAUGUUAAGCAGUUCCACGAUUCCAAGAUCAAGUUCCCAUUGGUGCAACGUGUUCACCACAAGGGCAACAGGAAACUGUUCUCGUACAGAAAGCCAAGGACCUACUUCCAAUAAACAGUGGAGUAACCCGACCAAAAUCAGCUGGUAUGAACGCACGGCGUGCGUUUAUCAAUUGGUUUUCACGUUUUUAAGGAGCAAGUCUUUCUAAGUGAUUCUUUCAAUAAAAUGAGUACGUUGAAGAGUAAAA